AUGGCCACUUCUUUCACCGCCCCCAUUCUCCGUUUGGUCCUCCUUUGGGGUUCCUUUGAGGUCCUCCGUGUUGCCGACGCCGCCCGCAUCAAGGGUUUCAAAUAUGGCAGUUCGUCCAGCACAACGUAUUGUGGUGGUCAAGUGUGCACGAAAGAGGAAGAACUGAGUGAUAUUGUUAUAGCGAUUGUCAUUCUGGUCAUGGUGGUCCUUGUGUUUUUCUUCUUCGUCGUCCUUCCAUGCUACAAAAAGAAACGCAACAGCACCCCAGGAGCUGCUGCAGACAAAAACCCAAACGACACGGAUCAGAAGCCAGACGCAGAGAAGCAGCCAACCGCCCACCAUACAACUCCUCUGGGGUCGCACGCCGACAGUGGAGAGAUAAUGAAUGCCUAA